CCCUUGUCCAAUUUUUAUUUACAUUAUUUUCACAUUAUUUAUAUAUCUCUCUCACUUUUCUCUCUCAAAAUCAAACUUCAUCAAAUCCCUAGAAAACCUAAUCUCUCAUUUCAGAUCUUCAUUCUCUUCACUUCAUCAUGUCGAUUGAGUCUCUGCCUGAUGUGAUUCUUCAAUACAUAUUGUCGCAUAUCAGUAAUGGACGUGACGUGGCGUAUUGCAAUUGUGUUUCUAAGCGUUGGAAGAACUCAUUGGGUUAUAUCAGAUCUCUUUGUUUUACUCGCAAUGCGUUUGAUAACCCUCCUAAUGAUGAAGAUUCUGACAUCAUUGUGAGAAGAAUGGUAUCAGCUGUUGAGCGAUUAGAGGAGCUAAUUGUUUUCUGCCCUUUCUCCCCUUCCGGCCUUGCUUCAUGGCUAGCACUUGCAGGUCCAUCUCUUUCUUAUCUUGAGCUUCGAAUGGACAACCUUGGCGACAAUGCGGUUGUUCAUGAGAGCCCGUCAAAAUUGGAUUGCAUUGGUGCAGCAAUGAAUUUGGAGAUUCUGAAACUGUGGGGUGUCUUGAUUGAACGCAUCCCUAAAUGGGAUGAGUUUCAUAAUCUUAAAAUCCUUGAAGUUGUUGGGGCAAGAUUGGAAGAUGCUGCAGUGAAUGCUGUGAUUCGGUCUUGCCCAAAUCUGACAAAGUUGUUACUGCUUGGGUGUGAAGGUGUCCAAUCAAUUACAAUCGAUCUGCCAUUUUUAGAGGACUGUAGGCUGGAUUUUUAUGGUCUUGGAAACUGUUCGCUUUCGCUCAUUGCCCCUAAAAUUGAAUCUCUUGAGGUACAAGGCUGUAGCUGGAUUAGGGUCCCUGAGACCAAGCAUCUGAAAAAGCUUUCAAUUUCUAAUAGUGCAGGGAGAGUUUACAUGAUUGAUUUUGGAAAGCUUACAGCCCUGGAGACCCUGUCGAUGCGGGGCAUUCAGUGGUGCUGGGAUGCAAUAUGUAAAAUGCUGAGAUUGGCAAGUGAUGUGAAACAUCUUUUUAUGAAAGUGGAAUUCACUGGUGACUAUGAUGCUCUUCAACCCUUUGCAGAGAUUGAUUUUGUUGAUUUUUUCAACAGCCAUCCCAAGCUGCUCAAGUUCGAUAUCCAUGGAGCCAUGUUUGCAGCACUAUGCCAGAAGAACAGUCUAAAACAUGUUGAUUCUGACUUUGUGAUUCCAUGUUUGGAGGAGGUCUUAAUCACUGUGAGAUCACCAUUAAAUGCUGAGCAGAAAAUGAGUACUCUUGAAUCCUUGUUGAAGUAUGGGAAAAAUUUAAGGACCAUGGUUAUCAAGAUUCUCCAGAUGAAGGGUUCACAUAACAGUGCUGAUGAUUUUUUUGACGAGAUUUGCCGGUUUCGAUACAUGCACCGUGAGAUAAUUCGAAUAGAAUAAAGUUUGAUGCAAUUUGUUGAUGCAGUUUUUAAUGCAGGGCGUUUCAUGCUGGUUUUCAGCUUCAGCUGGACUUCUGAAUUGAUUAUGACUUUACUUCUGUGGAGUUAAUUUAUUGUUCUGAAUGUUGUUUGAAAUUUCAUAAUCUCUUUUCAUUUAAUUUUUGAGAAUAAAGAGUUUACCUCCUCUCCCAUGACUGUCAAAAGCACAGUAAAACAAUGUUGUGGAAAUUAUUCAGAUAGAAGUAUGGUAUUGGAUAGAACUUAGUGGGAUAAGACUUAGUUGUUGUUGUACUGAUUCUUGACUGAUAAUCAAACUUAUUCAGGAGGACCAGAAUAAUCAAAGGUUUGGUAACGAAUUUGUGCUGACCAAGAAUAUGUUACCAUGUGUCCAUACUCUCAGAGAAGGAAACUAUUGUGGGGACUCUGUAGGAAAGAUGGGUGCCAAAAGCAACGGUCCUUUGGUGUUUCUUGAUCCACCUUCUACAGAGAUGGGUAGUUUACUGCUUGCUGAUGCCAUGGUAAUGAGUUUGUUAGGCAUUAAGUCCUAGUUUCUGUCUUUCUUUUUGCUUUUUCUUGUUGUAACAAAAAAUAAUUGAGUUUCAAUUUAUAUUUGGCACUUUGUCCAGCCCAUAUUUUGAACUUACUGUUUAUGACUUAUAAUUUAUAAGUUCAUGUUUAUUUAAAAAGUUUGUUUGGAAA